AUGCGUAACCCACAUAUGCCUCCGCUUGAUCCCUGCGAGCUUUCUGCAUCAGAGCGGGUACGUGUUCAAGAGCUUGGCUACCGUCUUAUUCCAGGAAAUCGAUGCCAAGGAGGUUGGACGCCACCAAGGCUGAAGCAAGCUGUCGUGCUCUUAGCCAAAUCUUGCAAACCAGCUAAUGUUGUAAGCAGUCAUUCUACCUGA